GACGUCAGGUGCCAGUACUGUGUAUGAGAAUAUCUAUCGGAGCCCUGGUAGAAGAGGAGGAUUAUUUGAUGGGAAGAGUUUCUGGGUAGCGCAGCGCUUGCCGAAUCGCAUGGGUUUUAUACAGCUGAUCAAGAGCAAUGGAGGGACCAUCGUAUCACUCGAGAUUAAAGCCGAUCUGAUGAUAGUAGAUCAUAUGCGAAAGGAUACAGUACCAGGGGGAAUCUCCUAUCGAUAUAUCGAGAAGUCUAUCAAGAACGGCCGGCUGGAGAACCCAGACGACCAUGCAACAGGCCCUCCUAAAGGUUCUGCUCGUAGUAUAGGCUCGCUACAACCCAAGAGAUCUGUACGAACUCCCUUUUCCGCCGCAGAUGAUCUUGAAUUAUAUACGUGGGUCAAAGACUAUGAGAAUCGAACCCCUGGCGCUCCGGUGAUGGGCAACGAAAUAUACAAGCAGCUUGAGCAGAAGAACUCAAGACAUACGUGGCAAUCGUGGCGAGAUCGAUAUGUUAAGCAGUUGAUGCAUAGACCUCCCGUAGGCUACAACGUGCCGGAGAGGUCACUGUCACCAGUGGAAGCAAUCACCGUCGAACAUGAGACUGAGAGUCUAAGAAACAUUCCCAGAGACAGGUCACACAGAGUGAACCCGAAACCGAAAGCCAAUGGUAUAGUGAAACCUAGAGCAGAAGAGCAGAUCGUUAAUAGCAAUUCCUUUGAUUCAUUCGAUGAAGAGGAAUAUGGAAAGUUGUAUCUCAACACCGGAUAUAUGAAAAGUCUAGCAUAUGGACUUGUCAGAGAUCUUGCAAAUUGGAACAGCUGGGCGGAACACUCAACACAUACCGGGAUCCAAUGGCGGAACUACUGGGAGCAGAUUGUGCAGCCUGAUUGGGAGCAAGACGGACAGGACGGCACGCGUGAGGCAAAGCUCAUGAAAUACAAAGCCCUAGACAAUCAAGCCCAGGACGAAGAGAGGUUACAAUUCAAAGUACAUACAGAGCAGUCCUCGAACGAAGUGAGCAGUCCAUCGCCCGCCCAACAUACGUCACCGAUAUUGCGUCAGAAGUCGGUACGUCCCCAGAAUACAGUUCAUGAUGGCCAGAUCGUGCAACGACCUGCAGGAUAUACAGGCAAAGCGAAAGCUGAAGAAACCGCUCACGCUAGCCGGACUGAAGAGGAAACUUUGGACACAGACAGUCUCGAACAAGGACAAGAACAAGAACAAGAACAAGAUGAGGGAAUACGUAGCGCUUCUCGUAAGCGACGCUCGUCAGAAACAGAACCACAUGACGAUGUUCCAGAAACCCAGUCACAGGAACAACAGCCCUCCCCAAAGCGGAUGCGAAUAGGGACGACUGAGGCGCAAGUCAUGGACCUGGAAAUUGAGGAUGCUACUAAUGCAGCGUCACAAGUUUCACAGGCGUCAGUUAUUAUCGAACUUUCAUCCAGUGAUGAAGACGAGGGAGAUGUUGAUGAGGUCCUCAUACGACCUCUCCCUGAGGCAGUUGAACAGGGUCAGCAUAUGCGCUUCGUGACCACUACUGGUGCAGAGACGCGUCAAACUUUACCAGGCAUACGCCAGCCAUUGACGGAUACGUUGACUGACGGAUUUCCAGACAUAGAUACUAGUAUGGGCACCAGUACGGCUUUAGUGUCUCAAAUCGGAGAGACAGUGCGCGAAGAUAUCGUAGAGCCCACUCAAGACAACCUCAGUCCUAUCGAUCUAGCUAGUCUGAUCGCUGAUGAAGAUGUCGAUGACAUCAGCAACGAAUCGGCCUCGGAACGUCAGCAGUCUAAACAAGAACUAUACUCCAAUAUUUAUCCAGAUGAUGAUGCACAUGAGCGUGACACACCCCUUCAUCUUACAGAAGACUCUUCCCAGGAAAGCGCAACGCUCCUAGCUCUACCACCUCCUGAAGGUGGCUGGGAAACAGACGAAGAGUCUGUUAGUGCCAGUAGCCAAGGAUCGACGCCGACACAUGGACAAGCUCGACCAGUCUUGUAUGACACACAAGCCAUUCUUCAGACGGAAUCGCAGCAUGUUGAUCUUGGCAUCCCGGAGCCACUCAACAUGUCUGACGAUGAAGAGGAUUCUAAUGAUGUUGGACCUAGCCAGAGUCGAACCGCGCGGGAAACGUCUAUAGCUACGGAUGCUUCUGAAAUAGCGCUGGACGCGAAGGGUAUCCGAGAGAUGGCGUGCGAGAUCAGAAGACAAGGACAUGGCCACGAUACGAUGAUGGAAAUCUUCAGAUGCACGUCGAAUUAUCGGCGACUGGUCAGACUGGUCUUGGCCAGCUUCAAGGAAGGGAAGGGCAUUCCCGACGACAUACCUGGCAUAUGGACUACAGAGGACGACGAGGCAUUGGAGAGUACAGAUAUUCGUGAUUUGGAGCGAGUAGAGGAGAAGCAUGGAUCAGGUAGAGUCGAGGAGAGGAUGGAAUUCCUGAGGCAUUAUAGGAGAUAGCUGAUAUCGAGAUAUUAAGCUGAAGUACCUACAGCAAUUUAUAAGACGGCA